AUGGGUUGCUGUCAGUCUAAGGUCGAAAAAGCUCCUAUUAAAAAGCAAGACCCUGAGCUGCCUACAUCUUCUAGCAAAGGAAGCUCGAGCUCUAAGCAAGCCUCAAACAAAUUUGGCAAUUUUGGCAAUGCCCAGGCAUCAAAAGGCAUUAGAAAAGGAAAUUUCAUUCAGACUAAGCAAGGCGACGUCAAACAAUUCUACCAAAUUAUAAAAGAAAUCGGCUCUGGAGGCUUUGGGACCGUAUAUACUGUAAAAGAUAGACGAUCAGGGCUCCAGAGGGCAAUGAAAGAGCUGCCAAAGGACAGGAUGGACCGAGAAUCCAACGAAAAAAUGCUUGAAGAGGUCGAAAUUCUUAGAGAACUCGUAAAUACUAGUUAGGAUCAUCCAAAUAUCAUGAAAAUAUAUGAAGUCAUUGAGUCUGCCAAAAGCUAUUUUAUCAUUUCUGAGUUUUUGUCUGGAGGUGAGCUAUUUGACAAGAUCAUAGAAACACAAGGAUUUAAUGAAAAAAUAGCUGCCAAGUACUUCGUGGAUAUGAUGUCAGCUAUAAACUAUUGCCAUAGCAAUGGAAUUGUCCAUAGAGAUUUAAAGCCAGAAAACCUUCUUUUGGAAUCCGCAGAUUCUAAUGCAAAUUUAAAGGUUAUUGAUUUUGGAAUUUCUCAGAGACUGAUGCUUUAAACUUAAAAUUAUUAAAGAUUCUGGCUGCUCGCCUAUUGGUAGGUAGUUACCAAGGAUCUCUAGGGAAUUCACCCUCUAUGUAAUGUCAACAGGGAGAACUUCUUUAAGUUGGAAUGAUUCAUUUGGCGAGAUAAAGGCUUGAAACCAUUCCUCUUCUUCACCACCUGAUUCAUUGGCACCUGUAAAGUAGGGUUUUUUUGUGUUCGUCGUCUCCUCCUUGCCUUGUCGGUUCCAGUUUUGAGUGAGGCUAUGGACUCUGAAGCUUGCUGCUUUGAUGCAAAAAUUAUCCUCACAAAAAUCCCAAAAAAUGCGAUUUCUGGUCAACUCUCACAAAAGGAAAAAUUCAAAGCCGAUGCGUAGCUCUCAUUUCACGCUAAUGAGUUGUCUAAAUGGUCUAGGUAUACCUUAGACGCUGCUAAGAUUUCCUUUUCCAAGUCUAAACCUACCUUUUCCCUCGAGGUAAAAUCCAAUCCUGAAAUCGGAUUAGGCUAGGCUCUGUACAUUACUCGAAUUGCUUACCGAGCAAGUUGCCCAUUUCUAAGUUGGGGAAAACUUACCGGAUAUAAAUAAAAUGCACUCGAGCUGCAUUGCCAAGAGGGCCAUUUUAUUUAUCCCAGAUACUGAUGCCAGGGGCCAAAUUAACUUCUUCAAACGGCACUUUAUUUUAUAUGGCUCCAGAAGUUUUCUCUGGUUCACAUGAUGAAAAAUGCGAUAUUUGGAGUGCUGGGACAAUUCUAUAUAUUAUGCUUUGUAAAAUUUUAUUUAGGCGGCCAACCUCCGUUUUAUGCGGAUAGUGACACUGCAUACGUGAAGCUUAUACAAAAGGGGCAUUUCAAUUUAUCAAAAGGAAUUUGGUCAAGCAUUUCAGAGGAUGCUAAAGAUUUAUUGAGAAAAAUGCUUGCAGUAAGCCCAACUAAAAGACUUAGUGCACAAGAUACACUAAACCACCCUUGGGUGAUAAAAUACCUCAAUAACUCUGUGGAAGAAACUCCUAUUUCUUCUGAAGCUUUAUCAAAUUUAGGGAAAUUUAGGGUAAAUUCUAUGUAGGACCAGUCAAAAAUAGCUAAAUCAAUAAAAACUUUUAUUACAAGUCAAAUUUUCACAGCCAAAGACGAGGCAAAUUUAGUCAAAAUCUUUAAAAGAGUUGAUAAGAACGGAGAUGGAAAAUUAUCUAGGGCAGAACUAAUGGAAGGGUACAAUGAAUUAGGGCUGACUUCACCUACAGACAUAGAAGCAAUCAUGAAAAACUGUGACACUGAUAACAGCGGGUUUAUAGAUUUCACUGAAUUUGUAACUGCUACCACUGAAUGGAACCAAAUGCUGAACCAAAAUCAGCUUAAACAAGCCUUCCAAAUUUAUGACGCUAGUGGAGAUGGGACUUUAUCUCUUGAUGAGCUCAAAACAAGUAAAUUUUAUUCUUAUGAAAAUGCAAUUACCAUAAUUAGUUUUUUUAAAAAAAAAAUAUUAGGUCAUAAAGGAAUAUCCCAGGAAUUGAAGAUACUGAAUGGAAGAAAUUUUUAGAUGAGGCUGACAAAGAUGGAGACGGUGUCAUCACUUUUGCGGAACUCAAAGACUAUUUAUUAUCGAAACUUAAUUAA